AUGAAAUUAGGAUCAAGUCAGGACACGUCUAGUACUGGGGGUGACUUUGGCCGUAGUGGAUCGAAUAUGACGAUCUCUUCUGUUAUGGCUGAUAUCAAGGAGAAGUUUAAGACGGAUGAAGAAGACCAAGUGUCGCCAUUCCAGGGCCUGGACAAGGCGACGGUGCUGCAGGAGACCAAGAUCUUUUCGGAUGCGAAUAUGGUGACACGCCACCCGAAGAAAUGUUGUCAGCUGAUUACAAAACUACUCCAUAUUCUCACACAGGGAGAGCCAUUUACAAGUGCUGAGACGACCGCUGUCUUCUUUGGUGUCACAAAACUUUUUCAAUCAAAAGAUGCCAAUUUACGUCGUAUGAUGUAUCUGUUUAUUAAAGAAGUAGCAGACGCUACUGCUGCCGAUGAGGUGAUCAUUGUGACCCAGAGUCUGACCAAGGAUAUGAGCUCCGAUGUAGAUCUCUACCGUGCUAACGCUAUCCGAGUUCUCUGUCGGAUUAUUGAUGGCUCUAUGUUGAACGCUAUUGAGCGCUAUAUUAAGCAGGCGAUUGUAGACCGCAAUGCUCUCGUUGCUAGCUCAGCGCUGGUUGCUGGUAUCCAUUUGAUCGAACGAAACCCGGAAAUUGUGCGUCGCUGGGUCAACGAAGUACAGGAGGCCGUUAACUCCACGCAUGAUAUGGUCCAAUACCACGGCGUUUUGCUCCUUUAUCAGAUCCGGCAGCACGAUAAGCUCGCAGUGUCGAAGUUCAUCACACAACUCCAGAAAACCAAUUUGCACUCCAGCCUUGCAACAUGCUUGUUAAUCCGUUACACAGCGGCGCUUCUACGUGAGAAUGUUAGCGGUCAGGACGCAACACCAUUGUACGGGUUCUUGCAAAAGAUGCUUCGGCAAAAGAAUGAGAUGGUCAUAUAUGAGGCUGCUAAGGCACUGUGCACCCUGCCUGUCGAUGCGCGUGACCUAACGCAAGCAAUUGUCGUGCUACAGUUGUUUUUGGGAUCGUCAAAGCCUACGCUUCGCUUUGCUGCUGUGCGGACACUUAGCCAGGUUGCACUGACGCAGCCAUUGCUCGUGACACGCUGCAAUGAGGACAUGGAAGCACUUAUUUCGGACUCUAACAGAUCCAUUGCUACUUUGGCGAUCACUACUCUCUUGAAGACUGGUGCUGAAUCGAGCGUGGAUCGUCUAAUGAAGCAAAUUUCGACAUUCAUGGGCGACAUUGCUGACGAGUUCAAGAUCGUAGUGGUCGAGGCCAUUAAAAACCUUUGCUUAAAAUACCCUCAGAAACAUCGCGUGUUGCUGAACUUCUUGGCUAACUUUCUCCGCGAGGAGGGUGGAUAUGAGUUCAAGAAGACGAUAACAGACGCUAUUCUGUUCUUGAUUGACCGCAUCCAAGAGUGUAAGGAGACUGCUCUUCUUCAUUUGUGUGAGUUUAUCGAGGACUGUGAAUUUACGCAGCUAUCUACCAAGAUUUUGCGCGUCCUGGGGCAGAAAGGUCCAACCACGUCAGCACCGGCGCGGUAUAUUCGUUUCAUCCGUAACCGUGUCAUUCUUGAGAAUGCCCCCGUGCGCGCUUCAGCAGUUUCAGCCCUAGCUCAGUUUGCAGUUCGUGUGGGAUCGCUCCGGUCCAGUGUGUCGUCUCUUCUCCAGUGCUGCAAACUUGAUGAUGAUGACGAAGUUCGCGACCGCGCCACAAUGUAUCUUGCUGUCCUGGAAGGCAAUGAGGUGACCAGUCGCGCUCUUCUGGUUGAGGACUUUCCAUUGAGCGUUGCAGCGCUUCAGAAAUCGAUUGAUCAGUACGAGCUGCGCCCCAUGGAUGGCCCGCUUACCUUUGAAACCCUGCCACAUGUCGAAGUCGUCGAAAAUGUUAGCGAUGCAAAUACAGUUGACAAUGAAGCUGAUGAUGUAACGAUCCAAGCUAAUGCUACACCUGAACCUCAGGACGUUGCAAAGGAAUUGUACACGAUUCCCGAGUUUGCCGAGCUAGGUGCGCUUUUCCGUUCAUCCAAGCGGGUGGAACUGACGGAAGCCGAAACUGAAUACGUCGUCACUUGCACAAAGCACGUGUUUUCCCAGCACAUUGUACUGCAGUUUAAGGUGACCAACACGGUGAGCGACCAGCUUCUCACGAAUGUGAGCGUCGGCUUCGUUAUGGAGCCGGAAGAUGUGUGGCAGGUACAGUCGGUUGUUCCUCUGGACAAGCUGGCAUACGGAAAGACAGGCUCGUGCUAUGUUUGCUUACAAUACAGUGGAGAUGGUGUUUACCCUAUCGUCCAACUUGCCAAUGUUGAGUUGAAGUUUAAAGUACAUGAGGUGAACCCAUCGUCUGGCGAUGUUGAAGACGAUGGUUUUGAUGAGGAAUAUCCGAUGGAGGAAAUCGAAAUCAGCGCGUCGGACCUGAUGGCAAAAAUCUCUGUGAACGAUUUCCGCUCGGCCUGGGAGCACGUUGGCGACGGUGCGGAGGUAAAAGGAAGUUAUGGUUUGAAGUACAAAAGUCUUGUAGAGGGCGUGGCAGCUGUCAUCGAGAAUCUUGGCAUGCAGCCUUGCGAAAACACGGCUGUGCCACAGCCUAAGGCGAAGGCACACAUUCUUCUGCUAUCAGGCGUGUUUGUUGGGGGCGUCAAGGCGUUGGUGAAGUCGAGAAUAUCAUUGGAUGAACAAAGUGGCAGCAUGAUUUUGCAGAUAGCAGUGCGUUCGGAGGCGGAAGAAAUCAGUCAAACCAUCAUGGACUGCAUUAGCUUAUGGAGAGGAACAUUUGCGGGCAUGCGUUGUGACGAGAGAAGCAGGAGUAACAGGAGUAGCAGCAAGAUUAGCGAGUCUAUGUAG